ACCUGCACAGCUCACCACUGUGGGGAAACGCUGCUGCUUGUGGAUUCAGGACUUGUGCAUGGACCUGCAGAACCUGGAGCGGGCUCGGGAUGACCUGCGCUUUCGGGGUGUAAAAGGCACUACUGGCACUCAAGCCAGCUUCUUGCAGCUCUUUGAGGGAGACCAUAGUAAAGUUGAAGAGCUGGACAGAUUAGUGACUGCAAAGGCGGGAUUUAAGCGGGCUUAUAUGGUCACAGGGCAGACCUAUAGUCGCAAGGUGGAUAUUGAAGUCCUGUCUGUGCUGGCCAGUCUGGGAGCAUCUAUACACAAGAUUUGUACUGACAUUCGUCUUCUGGCCAACCUGAAGGAGAUAGAGGAGCCUUUUGAAAAAGACCAGAUUGGUUCAAGUGCUAUGCCUUACAAGAGGAAUCCAAUGCGUUCAGAACGCUGCUGCAGCCUGGCUCGACACCUGAUGACUCUGGUGCUGGAUCCCCUCCAAACAGCCUCUGUGCAGUGGUUUGAGCGAACGUUGGAUGACAGUGCCAACAGGCGCGUGUGUCUGGCUGAGGCUUUCCUCACAGCUGACAUCAUCCUGAGUACACUGCAGAAUAUCUCCGAGGGACUUGUGGUAUAUCCAAAGGUGAUUGAGAGGAGGAUCCGGCAGGAGCUGCCAUUCAUGGCCACAGAGAAUAUAAUCAUGGCGAUGGUGAAAGCAGGGGGCAAUCGUCAGGAUUGCCACGAGAAGAUUCGUGUUCUCUCCCAGCAAGCAGCUGCUGUUGUGAAACAGGAAGGGGGUGAUAAUGACUUCAUUGCCCGUGUCCGUGCUGAUCCUUACUUCAGCCCUAUCCAUAAACAACUUGAAAGCCUGUUGAAUCCCUCCUCCUUCACUGGACGUGCUCCUCAACAGGUGGCAAAGUUCCUGAAGGAGGAGGUUCGACCAGCACUGAUUCCAUACCAAAGCAAGAUGGGUGGGAAAAUUGAGCUGGCACUUUAGGUAUAUUCUGCAAAGGUGUGUAGGUACCGGAAGAUAAUAAAAGCCUUACUGAAC